CAAAACAACCCCCCACCCCCACCCCACACAAAAAAAACCCCAAUUCUUUUCUCUUCCCUAUCAUAUUCACAUUAAAGCAAUCCUUAGCAUAGGAUAAGACUACAGAAAUGGAGGCAACUGGGUCUCCAAAUCAAGCACUAUUCUUUGUGUUGGCGUAUCUUCCAUUACAGCAGCUUCUGGUAACGAGCCAAGUUUGCAAGUCAUUUAGAGAUGCUAUCAGCGAUGAUGUGUUGAUAUGGCUCAAUUUAGUGGUCGAAAGACCACUAAGUCUGCGCUUAACCGAUCAAAUUUUGAUAAAACUUGCCUCAAAAGCUAGUGGUAGGCUGGGAACUUUGGCUUUGCUAGACUGUGUUAAGAUUACUGAUGAAGGGCUAUUGAGGGUGGUUAAUGCAAAUCCGCUUCUUAAUAAGCUCUAUGUCCCCGGUUGUACCGGCUUAACCCCUGAAGGAAUCGGGGAAGUGGUGAAAACAUUGGCUGCAACAUCAUCUACCUUCUCUAGUCUAAAGAUCAAUGGCAUAUACAACAUCAACAAAGAAGACUUUCUAAUACUCCAGUCCAAUAUCUUUGACACUACAAAAGCGAAGCCCAGAUUUUAUCACAUGUACUCAUCUUCCUCUUUUCGCAGCCUAGAUGAGGAUGCUCGAGCUAUCGACGUAGAGAUUUGUCCCAAAUGCAAGGAGGUGAAGUUAGUCUUCCAUUGCCCUAAGGAGAAUGUUUGUAAAGGGUGCUUCCAAUGCAUUCCAAGGUGCGAAGUUUGUGGUAGAUGUAUUUCUAAACAAGACGAGGAUGAAUUUGGAGAAACUAUAUGUAAUGAUAUUGUGUGUCUGAACUGCUGGCUUUGCCUUCCGAAAUGUAAUCAUUGUAACAAGCCAUUUUGUCCCCGACAUGCCGGUGAGCAAGGUUUUGAUCAUCUUGGUUCACAAGAAUUCAUAUGUUGGAUUUGCCAGACAAAAUCGAGCACAAACAAUUGGGAAGAAAACUAGUUUGUAAAAGAGACAAGUACAUAUCUCCUUUUGUACUGCCCCCAUGCUUGUUUAGGCUCUAUAUUGAACAUGUACCUUGGCUAAACACUUUUAGAAUCCACACACUCCAUGGCUUGAACAAAGCUCGUAAACAUAUAGUAAAUUGUUUUGUUGAAUGUAGGAAAUACUAUUUCCUAGAAAAUUGUUUUUCCUCGAAGUUCUGAUUCUUAGGAAGUGGCAAAAGUUGUUUGGUGGCUUA